AUGGCUCUUGGUACAUCUGAACGUUUAAACAUGUUUGAACGUAUUAAAUCUACAUGUACACAAAAAGAAAAACUUCAAAUUCUAAACAAAGCUAUUACAGAUGAAUCAUCAUUAAAUGAAGAAAUAAAUUUUCGUGCUUAUCGUGUCAAUCUUUUGUGUGACAUUGGUGAUUGGGAGAAGGCAUUACUCGACUUGAAAUUCAUCGAGAACAUUGAUAUGAUGACGGAUUUAUUAUAUUUUACAAAAUGGAAAUGUAUGAUUCAGUGUAACAUGGCUGAAAUUCGACAAGACAUAGCAAAUAAACGUUACGAUAAAUCAAUUAAUUCUGAUCGACAUAUAGCGUUGUUGGGUCGAAUUAGUGAAGAAAAAAUUAAUCAAUUAGUUAAUGAAAAUGAAGUACUAUGUUCUCAAAGUCAAAAACGAAGAAGUAAAUAG